AUGACUUUUGGAGCAAGAUAUUUUUGUGAACCCACUCCUGAAGAUGUUCAGAGGUUACUAGCUGAGAAUGCCGAUCGAGGUUUGCCUGGAAUGCUUGGUAGUGUUGAUUGUAUGCAAUGGCCAUGGAAGAAUUGUCCCUUGCUUGGCAAGGAACUUAUCGGGGGUAAAGAUAAAGAGAGUAGUUUGGUAUUAGAGGCAGUGGUAUCAUAUGAUUUGUGGUUUUGGCAUUCCUUUUUUGGAAUUCCGGGAUCAAACAACGAUUUGAAUGUGUUGGCAUACUCACCCCUUUUUGAUAACAUGCUAAAGGGUGUAGCACCUCCAUGCAAUUAUGUCAUCAACGAUCACCAAUACAAUAUGGGUUACUUCUUAGCCGAUGGUAUCUAUCCAAAGUUGACUACAAUUGUACAAGCUUUUUCUCAGACAUUGGACAUUCCAUACUUUGUUAGGUUCAACAAGUAUCAAAUAGCUAAAAGAAAGGAUGUCGAGCGUGCUUUUGGAGUGCUUCAGGGUAAAUUCAGAAUUGCCGGAUCUCCUUGUAAGUAUUGGCACCAAUCUGACUUGAAUCUAAUUAUGAAAUGUUGUCUUAUUUUACACAACAUCAUUAUCGAGCAUGAGCGUCGGGAUAGGGAUUGGGGCAGGGUUGUUCUUGUUCCACUUUCGGAACCUACUGUUAACGGUCAUGUAUUUAUGUCAUCUCUGAAAAACCUAGAACAACAUCUACAACUAAGAAAUGAUCUUGUCAACCACAUUGCUGCGAGUCCUAGUAGAGGAGGCGCGACAGGGGACUUGUCUAGUUUGGAGGGUUCAGAUAUGGAAUUCGUGGCACUUCCAUCGCCAGAAGGAGAUUAUGGUGAUACAGACUUAUAA